GGCCCCAGGCGGCGGCGGCGGCGGCGGCGAUGGCGGCGCUGUGGGGAUCUGCCAGGCGCUUCCGGUGGCGCGUGCGGGCCGUGCCGGGCGGAGCGCGGGGCGCGGCAGGGCGGCAAUGCUAUGACCUCCUGGUGAUUGGCGGGGGAUCCGGCGGCCUAGCCUGUGCCAAGGAAGCUGCUCAGCUGGGGAAGAAGGUGGCCGUGGUGGACUACGUGGAGCCUUCCCCCCGAGGCACCCGGUGGGGACUUGGUGGCACCUGCGUGAACGUCGGCUGCAUCCCCAAGAAGCUGAUGCACCAGGCGGCGCUGCUAGGGGGCAUGAUCCACGAUGCCUCCCACUAUGGCUGGAAGGUGGCCCAGCCCCAGCACGACUGGGGGAAAAUGGCAGAAGCCGUUCAGAACCACGUGAAGUCCCUGAACUGGGGGCACCGGGUCCAGCUGCAGGACAGAAAAGUGAAGUACUUUAACUUCAAGGCCAGCUUUGUCAACCCACACAUGGUUUGUGGUGUCUCAAAAGGUGGGGAAGAGACUCUGCUUUCAGCCGACCACAUCGUCAUCGCCACUGGAGGGCGGCCGAGGUACCCCACGCACAUCGAAGGUGCCUUGGAAUACGGAAUUACGAGUGAUGACAUCUUCUGGCUGAAGGAGUCCCCUGGAAAAACGUUGGUGGUUGGGGCCAGCUACGUGGCCCUGGAGUGUGCUGGCUUCCUCACUGGGCUCGGCCUGGAUGCCACUGUCAUGAUACGCAGUGUCCCUCUCCGGGCCUUCGACCAGCAAAUGGCUUCCUUGGUCACAGAGCACAUGGCGGUUCAUGGCACCCGAAUCCUGAGGGGCUGCACCCCCUUGAGGGUGGAGAGGCUCUCAGACGGGCGGCUCCAGGUCACCUGGGUGGACCUCGCCUCCGACAAGAAGGACACAGGCACCUUUGACACCGUCCUCUGGGCCGUAGGCCGAGUUCCAGAAACUAGAGGUCUGAAUUUGGAGAAGGCUGGUGUGCGUACCAACCCCAACACUCAGAAGAUCCUGGUUGACGCCCAGGAAGCCACCUCAGUCCCCCACAUCUAUGCCAUCGGAGACGUGGCGGAGGGGCGGCCAGAGCUGACGCCCACGGCUAUCAUGGCCGGGAGGCUCUUAGCCCAGCGGCUCUGCAGUCGGUCCUCAGACCUGAUGGACUAUGACAACGUCCCCACGACGGUCUUCACACCGCUGGAGUAUGGCUGUGUGGGGCUGUCAGAGGAGGAGGCCGUGGCUCGCCAUGGAGAGGAGCGUGUGGAGGUUUAUCACGCAUAUUAUAAACCACUGGAGUUCGUGGUGCCUGAACGGGACGCGUCCCAGUGUUACAUAAAGAUGGUGUGUCUGCGGGAGCCCCCACAGCUGGUGCUGGGCCUGCACUUCCUUGGCCCCAAUGCUGGCGAAGUUACUCAAGGAUUUGCUCUGGGGAUCAAGUGUGGGGCCUCCUACCAGCAGGUGAUGCGGACGGUGGGCAUCCACCCAACCUGUGCCGAGGAGGUGGCCAAGCUGCGCAUUUCCAAGCGCUCGGGCCUGGACCCCACCGUGACCGGCUGCUGAGGCUAAGCGGCCAUCCCUAGACCCAGGGUGCUCAGCAUGACUUCUGCCCCCACAGCCAGGCUCAGCGGAGGCUCAGAGCCAGGCAGGAUGCUGGAGGCCGAGCCCGGGCGAGCCGCGCCCCUGCCCAGUGCAUCUGGACCAACCGCCGAGCGCCCUGCAGGGAUGGCCCAGGCCUGCAUCUCGCACCCCCGCCCAUGCCAGAUGAUGACGACUUGCUCAGAAACCCCCCCGCGGGCUGCCCACGUCCGAGUCCACUGGCAUUUCCAGGGUACAAAUAAAGAGGGUGUUUUCCAGAA